GUGCGUCACGUGACGAGUUCUCGCGAGAGUUGGUUCCAUUUCCGCUUCCGCCUGGUGGUGGUAGUGGUGCUGUGUAGAAGAAGAACGAAGGGGAGAAACAAGGAGGGUCUGCUGUUGUCGCCGCCGAGCUCCAUCGAGGCGCCUCAGGAAAAUGUCAGCAGCUGAUGAUUUUUCACUGGCAGAUGCUCUCCCGGACAGUUCUCCUGCCAAGAACGCCACUGUAGGCAGCGCGAAGCCUGCUCCGCAGCCUGGCCAGCCCCCUCAAGCGUGGCCAGCUUCCAAUCCCUGGAAUAACACUCCCAGCACUGCCCCCACAGCACCUUCUGGGUUGCCUCCAAAUACAUCCACCUCCAACGUGCCCUUUGGACCUCCACCGACGGGAAUGUAUCCUUCCCUGCCCCCUGGAGCACCCGUCCCUUUCCCUCCCCCUGGCUCUGCUUGCCCUCCUGCUGGUCCCUAUCCACCACCAGGUCCUGCCCCACCAGGGCAAUAUCCUCCACCAAAUAUGCCAUUUCCAGAGCUCCCAAGGCCAUAUGGGGGUCCGACAGAGCCAGCCGCACCCCCUGCUGCUGUUGGGCCAUGGGGGUCAAUGCCAGCUGGAGGGUGGGGACCCACAGUUGGGGGUCAGUAUCCUGCUCCUAGCGUGCCAUACCCACCCCCAGGGCCAUAUUCUACUCCAACCCAGACGCCGGGGGCCGCUCCAACGGUGCCAUGGGGUGCCGUCCCUCCAGGACCCUGGGGACCUUCUCCACCAGGCCCCUUUCCCCCACCCACGGGUUCCUAUCCUGCUCCAGGACUGUACCCUACACCGCCUAAUCCUUACCAAGUGCCGCCUGCAUCUGCUGGGGCUCCGUCCAUGCCUGGUGUCCCUCAUCCUUACCGUUGAACUUGCAUCAGGCUGAUUGAAGAAAGGUCUCCCCACCUGCUAUUUACGGAAAUUUUUAAAAAUUGUUUUUGGUAACCUUUUGGAGUCUUGAAGAGCACACUCACCUUCUGCACGCCGCGUCUGAGGUGUGAAGGAGCACUCUGUGUAAGAUGGACUCUGUUCAAAUGGUGAAAUAAUGUAUUCUUUUGUUUGUUUGUUUGUCAAGAUGAAUUAGGAUAAACAUGGCAACUGCCCCAGCUCUGUAAUCCUUGCUUCAGUGAGGACCCUCCUCGGAAUAAGUGGGUGUUGGCCCAGCAAGAAAGGACAAUUCUGGAAUAGUCCAGGGAUUUGAUGAAACCUAGGAAUCCUUGCCAUAAUUUUUUCAUCGAUAAUGGACUUGCAGGCCUCUCCAGACCAAUAACCCAUUCCGUUUGUCUGUUUGUUCAGGUGAUUUUAAUCAUUUCAAUAAACUAAUUUUGUUCUGAAGAAAUCUUUAAAGAAA